AUGGCAGCAAUGGAAGCGCUGGAGUCCUCAAGCGCUCAGCUCGAGCCGCAGUCCCUCACUGAGAUUUCAGAAGACGAUCUCCACAUAGGCAACUCGGAAGAUGAAGACGAUGUCCUGGCGGCGGCCAAGAAAGAGCUGUCCAACAUGGAAGCGGAGGGGGACGCCGCCGAAGACAAUGACGAAUCGGGCAAGUCCGACCAGCAGGUGAACGGGGUGCUGGUGCUGUCUUUGCUGGACAAGAUCAUCGGCGCCGUGGACCAGAUCCAGCAGACCCAGAGCGGACUGGAGUCCAGGCAGCAGGAGAUGGAGCGCUCGGUGAGCAACAUCCAGGGAGAGCUGACCAAGCUGACCAAGAAUCACAGCACCACGUCCAACAGCGUGAAUAAGAUGAUGGAAAAAGUGCGGAAGGUGAGCGUCAACGUCAAGACGGUCAGAGCCACUUUGGAGAAGCAAGGAGGACAAAUCAAGAAGUUGGAGACCAACGAGGCCGAGCUGCUGAAGAGACGCAACUUUAAAGUCAUGAUCUAUCAGGAUGAAGUCAAGGUUCCCUCAAAACUCAACGUGUCUAAAUCCAUGCGGGUCUCCGAGUCCGUCCCAGGAAGCAGAGGAGGAAGUAUGCUGGAGCUCAAGGAAGCUACAGAGGAGCACGGGGAGGACGCAGAAGAGGGCGAGAAGGAAAACAAGCCAGCUAUUGACCUCUCCUCAGACGAGGAGGGAGUUGAAAUAGAAGAUGUCCUAUUAGAAACCCGCGCCGAGCGUAUCAAGCGCAGCAGCCUGCAACGUGUGCAAACCCUGAAGACGGUCUUCUCCAAGGAGAAGAUGGACAAGACCAGAGCCAAGACCAAGGAGAACCUAGAAAAGACCAAGCAGAAAACCAGGGAGAAUUUAGAGAAGACAAGACAAAAGACCAAAGCCAAUCUGGAGAAGACCAAGCAGAAAACAAAGGAAAACCUAGAAAACACAAAGCAAAAGGCUAAGGAGAACCUGGAGAAAACCCGACACAACAUCGAGAAGAAGAUGGGAAAGCUCGGAACACGCAUGAGCGUCAACCCUGAACGCAAGCAGAAGCUUCAGACGUCCCGCGAAAAAAUGCAGAAAGCCUUCACGCCGGAUCACGUGGUUUACGCCCGCUCCAAGACUGCCGUGUACAAGGUGCCCCCUUUCACCUUCCACGUCAAGAAAGUUCGCGACGGCGCUGUCGAGGUGAUCCAGGGCACCGAAAUGGUGGAGGUCUCCCAGAAUGCCGAGCCCUUCAACGAAGUGGAUGAAGAGGUGGAGGGAGACGGCGGGGAAAUGGAGCUGGAGAUGAUGAACGGCGGAGGAGAUGAUGAAGACGAAGACGAAGAGGAGGCGAGCCACGAUGUCUUAGAUGAUAAUGAGGACAAAGAAAGAGACAGCGACUAG